ACAACGAGCCCACGAUAAGAGAGCCUCUCUUAUUUAUCCUUUUUCAUUAUCCUGAACAGGACAUUUCUCUCGAGAGAGCGAUUCUCGCUUUCUCCAGAAAAAUGAGUCUACGUGAAAAUGGCGCGAAAACUGUUACUAUUAGAGAAGUACAUAGAAAUGCCAUGCUGCCGCGGAAAGCGCGAGAGCAGAGCAUAGAUAGAGCAAUACGAAGAAAGCGCUUCAACUCUUCGAAGAGAGCAGUAGAAUUGAUUAGUAAAAAGUUGAUUCAUUCUUGUAUGGUGCCAGCUUUGUGUUGUGUACAAACAAAAAAAAAAUUACUUUCUGAUAAGGGAGGAGUUCGUGGUUCUGAUUCUAACCCACUAUCUGUCCAGGAGUCAAUCUUUUCUGGGGUUCAAUCAGUGUCACUGCGAUUCUUUCGAGUGGUGAUCGGAGUUUCGUAAUAGCUGUGAAGUAACAUGCAGGCGGUGCAAAACCUUAGAGAUGGAAUCUGGAAUCUCCCCAGUACUGUGACUAGUUUCCUUGCAAAAGAGGAGGCAGUCCCCAGUGCAAAUAGUGAUGAUAGCAAUAAUAAUAAUAACAUCGGCAGUAGCAAAUCGAUGACUAAUAGUGAUGAUAGUGGUACGGAGAAUCCCGAUCAGAAUAGUGCUGAUGACAUCGCCGAUAAGAUUGAUUCGGAUGAAAUGGUUGUGGAGGAAGGCUUGGCCUUGGUCACAACUUCGACAUCCAGUUCGCUCCUAUCCAACGAUGAUAGCAUACUGAUGGAACGGUCCCAUGCAAUUCCAUAUGCCCUCAUCAAAGAGCAGUGGCAACUGGUACUGGACCAGGAAGAAAACGUCACCAUUCCUCAAAUGGAAACAGCUAUCCUGAAGUGCAAGGACCUAGUUCUACGGAGUAGGGACGAUUCCAUCGAGCGAAAGUGGUUGGUGCGACAUCUGAUUGAGCUGCGACAUCGCCUGCGGGAACUUCAGGACGUGGAUACCGAUCCGGAUGCGGAGCCACCGGAAACUAAGGUCAUCCUAGGGCAUCACUUUGUCACGCAGCGAAAUGGUUCUGCUAAGCGGAAGUUACACUGUGACCAUUGCGCCGGCAUUAUCUGGAACGUGGUCCAGGCGUCCUAUGUGUGUGCCGACUGUUCGUUUGUCGCUCAUCAUAAGUGCAUACCGAAUGUGAUAAGGAUUUGUGCUCACGUAAUCACGACCGAGCGGACCCUACCGAUCGAAUGCAUCUGUCCGGAGAUUGGGUUGGCCUUUCAGAAGUACACCUGUGCCGAGUGCGGAACGCAGCUCAGCUAUAAUAUCUCCACAACAUUCGGCUGCUUCGGAGUAGAGCUUAAAGCAGAAAAGCUCAACGCAACCGUGCCCCGCUUAUGUGACUACUCGGGGCUAUACUACUGCCCGGCCUGCCACUGGAACGACACCAGCAUCAUUCCUGCCCGGGUCAUGAACAACUGGGACUUUGUACCGCGUAAGGUCGGCCGAGCAUCGCUGCAGCAGAUUCGACUCUUGUACGACAGACCGCUCAUCAACCUGGAACAACGUAAUCCACGCUUGUUCCAGCUGGUGGCCCUCAAGCUGGGAGUGGUUAAAGGGAUGCGCCAAAAACUGACCCAAAUGCGACGGUAUCUGAUGGUUUGUCGGAUCGCUGACGAGCUGCGGCUGGUUCGGGAAAACAUCGGAGACAGACGGCACCUGAUGCAGACCGUGGACAUGUACAGCGUGGCGGAUCUGGUCGGAGUGGAGAACGGGACGCUGCUGGACUUUCUGCGCAAGGUGCUCGUGGUCUUCGAGCGACACAUUAGGAAUUGUGUGAUUUGCUCGGGCAAAGCCUAUAUAUGUGAAGUUUGCAACAAUGACGAGAUACUGUUCCCAUUCGACGAGACUGCCAUCGCUUGCACCCGCUGUAAUUCGAUUUCGCACCGAUCAUGCCACGCUCGGAAAAACCGGAGUUGUCUCAAAUGUAGGCGUCUUCGGAUUCGCGAGCAGCAGAUGCGUAACGAAAUCCUGGAUGCCGCCAACGGAAACUAGAGAUCUGUAAAUGUUCACUGCAUUGGACGUCACUGGAAACGCUUUCGAUACACCAGCAGUUUGCACUUUUGGCCAUGUUACCUUUACCAAAGCUACUGAAUAGAAGCGUGCACGAAAUUGUUUUUGAAAUAUACUACACUGUACAAAAUUGUA